UUUCGCAAGCAACGAGCGGAGGAGGUAGGACGAAAUGGCUAGUGCAAGAAAAGGAACGUCGAUUUCAACAACUGUAGGGAAGCAGAAGCAUCGGAAUUUCUACGUCACGCGAGAGUCGCAGAAUGUUCGAGCCCAGGCCUCGGACUCGGCGAAGCUCAGCUACGUCGGUAUGCGGAACCUCACUGAUCUGGAUCAUAUCGACGAGCAGGACAUCGUGAGCGCGCGCGGGACCAUCCGCGGCAGGAAGAACAGAGUCAGAGCUGGUCUGGCUAAUUUCGAGAACCCUAAAGCUCUGGAAAAGCUAAACACGGAGAGGUGGAAAGUGGUUGUCUAUGUCACCAGCUUCCGCGGGGUCCGCUCGACGUUCGAGGAGUGUCGCUACGUCCGGGAUCUCUUCCACAACCUCCGAGUCCGCGUCGUGACAAAGGACAUCUACGUCUACCGGUUCUACCACAGAGAGCUGGAGGAGAGGCUGAGGCGGCAGCAGAGCGGGCACGGCGUUCCGCAAGUUUUCAUCGGCGGGCAACACGUUGGGGGAAAGACGGAGCUGGAAGUAUUGAAUGAAGUUGGGGAGUUGAGAAAAAUCUUGGAAGAAUUCCCACGGUACGAGACAGCCAAUAAUUGCAAAGUGUGUGGUGGGUUUGAGUUCAUUCCAUGUCGAAAGUGUGGAGGAAGCAAAAACAGCACGGCUAACAAGUUUACGAUGGAGUUCAGAGCUCUUCGUUGUACCCACUGUAACGAGGAUGGGAUGGAGGUGUGCCCGGAGUGCAAGGAGAGGAGGAAGGAGAUGGAGGAGGAGCUGGUGAAAAAGAUGCAGAGAGUCCGUCUGGAGACAGAAGUCACAACAGAGGAGCAUGGUGAGUUGAAUGUGACUGAAGACGGUGGAGAGGCGGCAGCUGAUGAGGUUGAAGAUGUCAGAACUGAUGCCGAGUUGCAAAACAAGGCAGAAGCAGAUUUGGACGCUGAAACAGAAAAGUUUGAUUCACAGGCUAAAUUUUGUGAUACAGAACAAGAAACUGAUCUAAUGGAAGAAAUAGUCGUAGAAGAUGGCGGGGAAGAAGCUCCCCUAGCACUAAAUGAAGAAAUAGUGGCAGAUGAGAAGGAAGCUAUCCCAGCUGAGGCAGAUCAGGAGAGUGAGAGUGAAGAGAAAACUGUGGACGAUAAUACGAAGACUGAGGAAAGUGAUAGUGACGAGGGGAGCACCGCUGCAGCUCUGACCAAGACGAUGAAGACGGUGGUCGUGUGGUGGUUGUGCGUGCUCCUGCUGGCGGCAGCUGCCACAGCACAGGAGGAGGAGGAGGAAGAAGAGGCCACGGAGGAGACUCCGAAGGCCUCCAGCGGGCCCAGGAAGCCCGUGUUUCUAGAGCCCAGCUACCCGAGCGGUGACGUAUACUUCGCGGAGACGUUUCAAGACGCCGCCAAAGUAUGGGGGAGAUGGGUGAAGUCUUCAGCUAAGAAAGACGAUGGGAGUACCAGAUACGAUGGCGAGUGGGAGCUGAAGGCUCCAGACUGGGGCGGUUCCAUGGAAGACGACCAAUAUCUCGUCAUACCUGAGGCCGCCAAGCACUAUGCCGUGAGUGCUGAGCUGGAGCGACCGUUUGUAUUUGACGGCAAAGAGGGAUUUGUAGUACAAUACGAGGCGAACUUUCAAGAAGGGCUAAGCUGUGGUGGAGCCUACGUCAAAUUACUGGUGGACUCCCCGGACCUCAAACAGUUGAACGACAAGACUCCGUACUCUAUCAUGUUUGGACCGGACAAAUGCGGCCUGAGCUCAAAGGUGCACAUGAUCAUACAGUUCAAGAAUCCAGUGACAGGAGAAGUGGAAGAGAAACACUCCAAACAGUCUUCCGAGAAAAUGGACUUCUUUGAUGACAAAAAGACUCAUCUCUUUACCUUGCUGGUGCGGUCAGAUGGUGUCUAUCAUGUCAUAAUAGACCAAGUGCCCUUCUUAAAGGGUAACCUACUGGAGGACUUGACUCCGCCCAUCAUCCCCUCGGAGGAGAUUGACGAUUCCGAGGACGAGAAGCCAGCCGACUGGGACGAGAGAGAGAAGAUCCCAGACUCCGAUGCAGUCAAACCAGACGACUGGGACGAGGACGCGCCACAGAAGAUCCCUGAUCCCAAUGCCGAGAAACCAGACGGUUGGCUUGACGACGGACCGGAGUACAUUCCGGACCCCGACGCUGACAUGCCCGAAGACUGGGACGAGGAGGAAGAUGGAGAGUGGGAAGCACCUCAGAUUUGUAAGUGCAGUGGAACUCCUCUCUGAGGAACCUCUGAGGACAACUCUCUAACCACACACCAUUUCUUUCCCAACAACAGUUCUUGCAUGCAAUUUAUCCCCUGAAAUAAGGACACCUCACUAAUAUAGACAAUUUAACCCCUGAAAUAAGGACACCUCACUAAUAUGGACACAUUAUUCUGUCCUGUUCUGGAUUAGAUUAAGAGCUGCAGCACAACUGUCAAAUUCUCCCCUCUCCCCCCAGCUAACCCAGCCUGUGAGGAGGUGGGGUGUGGAGAAUGGAAGCCCCCAAUGAUACAGAACCCUGAUUACAGGGGCAAAUGGAAGCCGCCACUUAUCGACAACCCUGACUUCAUGGGGAUCUGGACGGCGAAAAGAAUCCCAAAUCCUGCCUAUUUCGAAGACGACCAUCCGUUUGACAGUAUGUUGACCGUCACUGGCAUAGGGCUGGAGCUGUGGACAAUGUCUGGACGAAUCUUCUUCGAUAAUUUCCUCAUCUGCAGCGAGCUUACCAUUGCCAACAACUUUGCCAGGGAAGGAUGGAUACUGAAGUUUGAAUCUGAAAGGGCAGUGGAUGGAGCAACUUCUUUAGGGCCGUUUCUCGACUGGUUCAUCGACACAGCAAACGACCACCCAUAUCUCUGGGCCCUCUAUGCCUUUGCUAUUGUCCUUCCGUUUGUCAUCUGUGCAGCUUUCUGUGUCAGGUCCAAGCCUGACGAAGCAGCCAAGCGUAAGAAAACGGACGAGCCAGCACCGGACGACCCUCAACCCUCUGGUUCCAUGGAAACGGAGGGGGAGGAGUCGUCUCCCCAGCCUCAGCCUGGCGGAGAAGACAGUGGGGAACCCCAGUCGUUCAUUGCUGAAGACAACGAACAGGUUGAUGAAGAGGUAGCCACAGGGGGUGAGCCCCAAGAGGAGGAAGAGGAGGAGGAGGAGGAGGGAGAGAGGGGAAUGGGGAGUCAGGGGGAGGGGAGUCAGGGGGAGGGGAGUCAGGGGGAAGCCAGUCAGGAGGAGGGUGGCAAGCGCAAGAGGAGGCAGAGACGUGAAGACUAGGAGUAAUCCAGGCACGAUGUGUGCACCUUAUAUACAAUAGGACGAAAAGCUUAGGAUCUUUCUUCUUUUCCUUGUGCUGCUGUUUGGCUACAUUUAUUGAAGUGCCAUCCAGGACUAUCGCUAUGCAUAAGUAACAACAGUAACAACAGUACGCUACAAUGACGUGAGUAGGUUCAGGUUCUUAUGAGUUAGCAGAUUGAUAGUGGUUUUUAAUAAUGGUAAGAUUAGGUAAUUGAGCUGGCAUAUGUGACCUCAACAGUUGCUGAGUCAUCCUGUACUUGUACAGGGUAGUGGAAAUUACGAGUUUUCUUGAAGUAUCUGUGUUGAGAGCUCAGAAUCUUUUUCUUGGCGGAAGCUCUUCUGCAGAUUCUGUGAAUCUUCUCUCUAAACAGGCAUGUCAGUGCCAGGAGAAAUGCAAGGGCUGUGGCCACCGUGAACAACACAGACACAAUCGCAAUAGUUCGCUCGGUGCUGCGAUCCAGAGGGUCGAUUUUCUCAAUAGUAUCGUAGUUAUUCAUUGUCGCAAACGUCCCGUGGUUGGUUGGAAGUUUUGUUUUAUGAGUUCCAACUGUCCCUGUUGGCUUGACAGCCGGCUGUGUUGCUGUUGUUGUGCUGGGUUUACCUGUCCAUACACCUGGAGCGCAUCUGUUAUCUUCCGGCUCUCCCGCGGCCGCACAGUCUGCCCAGCGCACCACCUCUCCGUCCGCGGGGCACACGGAGCACGGCAGACACUCGCUGCCGGUGUGGUCCACGAACAGAAAAAAUCCGCCGCUGCAGCUCCCGCAAACCCUGUCCCGCGCCGGCGUGCACGGAGCGGCUUCCAUCCGUCCCGGAGUGCAGAAGCGGCAUUCCGCGCACUCUCUCCCGCUGGACGUGAGUUUAGAGAAGUGUCCCUCGGCGCAAGGCUCGCAGACAGUGUCGCUGUGGUUCCCGCAAGGCUCGGCCGCCCCUUCCCCCGCCUCGCAGGCGUUGCACGGGACGCAGUCAGCAGUUUCUUCCACCGUCCCGUUAGCGUAGAACCCGGUCGGACAUACGUCUCCAGCAGCCAGCACACAGAAUGUAGUGAGGAACAGCAGUAGGCCCAACCAGCAUAGCAUCAACCACUCACUUGCAACCGAAUCAGCUGCGAAAACACUUCCUUUCAACUCCGUCAGAAAGAGCAUAAUUCAUUUUCUUUCGCAACAGGUUCGUUCAUGUACAGACACUGAGAGAGCAUCGUACAAAAUGCAGACCAGCUGAACAUUCACAAUAGGUUCCGCGACGUGGGCGCAGCACUGACGCAGCGCGAGUCUCUCUUGUAG